GCUAUAUAUUUAUGUGAUUGGUCAGGGCGGGGUAUAUAUACUCAGCGUGGGUCGGUUAAAUCUGGCCACAAGUUUCAAAACUUUCAAACAGCGCAGGCAGACAGAGAGACAGUGAGUCGGACGGCUUGAGUGACGGAGGGGAAUCGAGCGUUGGACAAACCGCUGCACCACACACUCCAAACAAGAACUGUUGUCUUUUGAAAAAAAAAAAGAAAGAGAGAAAGAAAGAAAAGGAGUGAAGAAAAGAAAGAGGCAGAGUCAUUGUGGAUCGUUUUCAGGGGGAAUAUCCUGCACCACAACUUGUUUGUUUUCUCUUUCUUCCUCAUCUCCCCCCCUCCUCUCAGAUCUCGAUGCUUUGCUUUGGGAUUUGUGCUCCAAAUCCAUCAAAUUCCUCUCUUGAUCUCUCUCUUUGUCAUCUGAAACAUUUCGAGUUACAAAUCUUUUCCAGAACUUUGCAACCCAACAAACUGAGACAGACGUUUGUAGGAUUUCACUUGCAGGACUAAAAAAGAAAAAAAAAGGAGAAAAAAAAAAGAAAGUUGAAUCCAAGUCCGGUUCUGGAAUGAAUUUAACCGAGUCCAGCUUGUCCAGAGAGACUCUCCUGCAUGCCGCCGGACGGGUGUCCGGGUGCCCCUGGGCUUCCAGGACCCCGAGUCCUGCUUCUGAUUCUGAAAUAGGUUUUGAUCAGAACCUCUCCGGGGAUUGCAGUUCUCCCGAUGGCCUCGGAACGGGGAGCAUGAGGAGAACAGAACCGAGGAUUUCUCUCACACCCAGUUCAGGAGGACAGAGUCCGGACCUGACCCAGGGAGGAGGAGGUGUGUCGGCAGGCAUGGUCGACGGGAAGGCAGUGAGUGGCGAGCAGAGGAUCCGCCGGCCCAUGAAUGCCUUCAUGGUCUGGGCUAAAGAUGAGAGGAAGCGACUGGCCCUGCAGAACCCUGACCUGCACAACGCUGUGCUCAGCAAGAUGCUCGGUCAGUCAUGGAAGGCCUUGAGUGCUGUAGACAAGCGACCGUUUGUGGAGGAAGCAGAACGUCUGCGUGUCCAGCACCUCCAGGAUCACCCAAACUACAAGUACAGGCCUCGCCGCAAAAAGACCACCAAAAAACUCAAGAGGGUUGAACCGGGGCUUCUGCUUCACAGCUUAGCUCAAGGUGGGGCAUCAGGCCUUGGAUUAGGACCUGGUGUCAGCCCCUUAGGUGCAGAAGGUAUUUCUGGAGGUUCUGCUUAUGGACAUCCAGGUGCCCAUCACCAUCACUCUCACCACUUGCUGCCAUCUCUCGGGCACUUCAGGGACCUCCAGGCCCCGGGACACCCAGAGCUGGAGAGCUAUGGCCUGCCGACUCCAGAGAUGUCCCCUCUGGAUAUUCUAGAAGACGGAGGUGGGGAACCUGUGUUCUUCCCCCAACAUAUGCAAGAGGAAGCAGGGAUGGGAGGUUGGAGUGGCUACCACCACCACCUUCACCAUCAUAACCAACAUUACAGCCAUAAUUACAACCAUAGUCACCACAACUCCAUCCAUGGUGCAACACCAUACAGUCAGAGUUCAGGUAUGAGUGUUGGUCCCAGUGUAAGCACUAGUAUGAAUUCCAGUUUGAGUCCUAGUAGAAGUUCCAGAGUUGAUUCAAGAAUGAGUUCCUGUGAGUCAAACAUGACCUCAAGCAUGAGCUCUGUCACUUCAGUUUUGGCGAGUUCAGUCAACUCAAGAUUAAAUCCAUCUCACACCUCUGGUCACCACAUCGCUUUGAGGAGUCCGGCAAAGUGCCCACCACCUCUAUCUGACUCCACCUCCUCUGUUUCCUACACCCAGCCCUCCAUCAGCCUGCCCGAGUCGAUAAAAUCCCAUCAACCAUCACAUCAAGCCACUGCUCCUGUUGGCUACUUCGGCCAAAUGUACGGGAGCAGCGCCCCGAAUGCUGCAUAUUACAUGCCCUCCCACCUGGGGCAGCUUUCACCUCCACCUGAAACUUCUCCUUCUUCCUGCUCAUCCUCCUCCAUCGUCCAGUCAACCUUUACUCCCACUUUGCACUUAGAUCAUUCGAGUCCAGACUCCUCCAGCCAUUUGGGGUCUUCUUCUGCUGAGUUUUGGUCCGAGGUGGACAGGCAUGAAUUUGACCAGUAUGUAAAUGUUGGGAGGAAUCGAGAGGAGGCCUACGGACGUGGUGGGAGCUGCGGGGGUGGGUUGAAAGUCCUGAGCGGGCGCAGUGGCAGCAGUGUAGGCAGUAGCAUGAAUAGCAAUGUUAGCAGUCUUAUUAACAGGGACGUCAAUAGCAUUUUAAACGGUGCUAGUGCAUGUGAUGAAGGGAGCAGCCCUCUUAUAUCGGCUCUGUCCGAUGCUAGCAGUGCUGUCUAUUACAGCGCCUGUAUCACUGGAUGAAUGCUCCAUGAUCUCGUCUGUCACGUGUACCUCCUUUCAUACUGCACAGUUUGGUUUGGUUCAUUUGAACCAUUGUUACAGGAUACGGAGGAAGUAUAUCGGAAAGAUUAGUUUUGGCUCAUAUUUUUAAUCAAGUCAUGUCUAAUAGGUCUUUAUCUCUUAACGAUUUAAAUUUAUGGAUUUAAAAAGUUUUCCACAAAUGCUAAAAAAGGAAGACGCUGAUGAAUGCUUUCAUGGAGUCAGAGCUGGGUAAAGCCGAAAACUAUUUUUAAAAAUGUCCUAACCUGAAAAAAAAAGAGUGAAAUAAACAGAAAUGCUAAUUCCUAAACGUGGAAUAUGCAUGGAUUACUAUGUCCAGAUUAAUAGUUCAAAAGUUAUCAAUUUGCUUAUCAAGGGUGCUAAAAGGGUAAUGCUAAUAAACCAGGACUCUUCAUCAACACCUGGACAGAAAUUGUUCUGAUGACUGCACAGUCUGAAGGAUUCAGGGAUGUGGGAAGUGUUUUUUCAUAGUUUAAGUGCCUUUGAGCAAGGCACUAACCCCCUAACUGGUCCACAGGGUUUGUUUCUCUGCACUCUGACCCCUCUGGUGACAAACUAUGCAAAGCAAAUUCUUUUUUUUUUUUAUUGCACUGUGUGUACUGUCAAAAAAAUCUCAAACAACAACCACGACAAAUCUGAAUUUCAAGAUCAUCUCAUCAUUUUUGACAUUUCAUCUCAGGACCAGACAAACAUUCAUCUCACUGAACUACGCAAAGUUUAGAUUUAUUCAUCUCGUUCGUUAAAUGGGAACAUGAAGGACAAUGAAGGACAAAGUCGGGAGAUGGACAGAGAGAAAAAGACUCAAUGGGAGAGACUUGAUCCAGCCUCCACAUAUCUCUCGGCAGUGAUGUCGGGAAAGCCUUGGCCAUGGACCCAGUGCAGACCACUGAUGUCUCCCACAAACUAUCAGGAUGUUUUACAAGCCGGGUUGGGUUCUUUCUGACCGUGAUACAUGCCGUUCCCUCUCUCAGUCUCAGUCCAUGACAGGGCCUCAUGUCAAACUCCAUGCCAAAAUCUGCAUGUUUGAAGUUGCUUUGCCUCUUGGCAAACACCGAUAUGUUGAUGAUUCAAAGAUCAUUCUCUUUAACCAGUAAGCCUCUCAUGCGUAUCACUUGUUUAAACAAAAUGUUCUUUUUUUCAAAGUUAAGAAGUGUAAUUUAGUUCUACAAAUAACAGAAGAUUGGGUUCUACAAAAUUAAGUGCCAUUGGAAAGCUUCGUUUUAUACUUAAACUUCAUCAUGUCCAAGGUCUGCAGAUUUGUAGAUUUAUGAAGCAACAUUAUACUUCCAGAUAUUGGUAAGCAGUUUGACCACUCUAAAAACAAAUUGUUCCAUUCUUAAUUUCAUAAAAUUAUUGAGGGAAUUGAAGGAUAAUGGUUCAUGUGGUAGGUCAUAUGAUUUCUUGCCAUUUACUGUAUAUAUCGAUGUUUUGCCUCUUGGCAGUAUGUGAAGGAGAAACUGAGACUAUGAAAUGUUCUCUUUGCACUGGGUUUAAUGUCUUAGCUGUAUAGAAGGAACACUACUUAAAUGUCCAUAAUUUUAAAAUAUGUUUUUGUACAGAAAGGACUGUGUUUAUUUCAUUCCAUAGAUAAGUUUGACAUUUUAGGAAAUAGUGUUAUUUGUGUUUUCUUCUUGCUGAGACUCGGUUGACACCACUCUCGUGUCUGUGUGUGAAGCUGGAGCCGAGCAAGAAAGUGAACUCCUGUUGAACUAUCCUUUAAAGAUUAUUUGAAUAUAAAAGCGUUGCAGCGGUGGGUUUCCACUAGUCUUCUUUUUCCAGUUUCUCCUAAAUGUUGUGUAUUAUAAACUUGCCUUCAAAAGGAAAUCUGUAAUUAUAAAAAGAUCUCUUGUGGAUCUCUAUUGGUCUUUAUGGAGUUUAUUAGGUUACAUGUUACACUUUGCAAAACAAGAAACUUUCCCCUCCACAUCAAUGUUUUCACCUAAAUGACUGGAAAUCAAAACGAUAACAUGUUUGUGCUGAGAAAAUGAAAAAUCAACAGUUGCAGCCACUGUAGACGUCUGUGUGUGUGUGUUUAUGUAGCAUUUAUCCUGUAAUAUUUUUGUAUACAGCGGGAGCAAAAAAACAGAAGUCUCUCUUCAAGGAUUUAUCCUGCAUCUGUUCGGCAUUAGUCCCACAGACAAUACUCUUUUUUGUACAUGAAACAGUAGAACAAAAUCGAGUAUCUUGUACAGUCAAACCAGUUAUAUUUACCACACCGUUCCUUGUGGCUGCCAUUGGUUGAAAACAGAGCAACAGUAGAUUUUUCCGAACAUUUCCUCUAGAGGACGGAGCCACAGAGAAGCAGCAGUUCAAGCAAAGUAUUAAAGAAAAAUACUUCUACAUCUGCAUUUGACAUUCUUUUCUGUUGACACCAAACAGAGUCUUGUUUCCAUUUUAAUUUACUGUGACACACAAAGAACAUCAGAGGGACAGGCGUUUUUUUGGAGUCGUGCAAUAACUCUGGGGCUUUUGGUAAUAAUUAUCUGAAGGGGGAAAAAAAAGAAAAAAGAAAAAAAUGAAACACCCAAGAUUUUGGGAAUUAAAACAAAGGACAUUUUCUCAGCAGUCAUAUAACGACAAAUUAAAACCAGCAUUUUCCCAGAAGUGUCACUGUGAUGCUUCUAAAUCUGUCUAACAGGGACCAUUACUAUAGUUUCUAUAGUAAAUGGUUUUGUUUGUGUUUAUAUUUGAAAAAAUGUGGGUUGGCUGUAAAUGGAUUUGUUCUGUUUUAUAAAAUAAUUUUACAAAAUAAACACUUCAAAAAAAA